GAUAUGGUGAAGUGCAGCGACAAACCAUGUAAACACGGCACGUGCUCUGACCAUCCUCUAUCCUUUGCCUGCACAUGUGAUCCUGGGUACAAAGGCAUAGUCUGUGACACACGUAAGAAAUGCAGUGAAGGAAUCACCUGUCAGAACGGUGGUACUUGCCAAGAUGGACCAAACGGAUUCCGAUGUCAGUGUUCGAGAAAGUACAAAGGGGGGUUUUGCGAUAAUCCUCUAACAUGUAGUGAUUCUCCAUGUAAAAAUGGCGGAUUGUGUACCAAUACCGGAAGUUCGUUUCAGUGCAAGUGUCCGCCUACUUAUACAGGAACUGACUGUGAGAAAGUAAUACUGUGUUCAUCCCAUCCUUGCCUGCAUGGAACCUGUACUGACACUCCGUCUGGAUUGCGUUGUUUGUGCGAUGAAAGGCACACAGGUGCUAAAUGUGAUCAACUUGUUCUGUGUUCGUCUAACCCUUGCCUGCACGGAACCUGUACAGACACGCCGUCCGGAUUCAUUUGUGCUUGUGAUGUAAAGUAUACAGGUUUUAAAUGUGAUCAACUGAUACCGUGUACAUCUAAUCCUUGCCUGCAUGGAACCUGUACAGACUCUUCGUCUGGAUUCAGUUGUUUGUGUGAUGUAAAGUAUACAGGUGUUAAAUGUGACCAACUGAUUACUUGUGCAUCCACUCCAUGUCAGUACGGAACAUGCGCUGAUUCUCCCACCGGGUUUGUGUGUACCUGUGAUAGUACCUACGCAGGUUCCAGGUGUGACACAGGAUUUCAUGUAAAACCAUUAGACGUGAAGCGGACCAAAGAACACUUGCCGACAUGGCUUCCUUAUCUAGGAUAUGCUUUGCUGACCGCGGCAUUAGUUGCAAGUGCAAUUGCAAUUGGUUGCAUAUGUGUGAAAUGUUGUCGACCGUUUUGCGUUAGCAAAGGAAACGAUGACGAUGAUGAUGAAAAUCGGGAUGAAAAUUCGAGGAGAUUCGCGCGGAAUUCAGUUCUUCCAGUGAAUAAUUCACAACCAGUGAAUUAAGCUACGUUCUGGAUUAGUUAAAAAAGCAAUUCCACUUUACAUUUAUACUAGUGAAAUCAAUUGAAAUUUGUUCCUCCUUAAAUAACAAUAAUUCAUAAAAACAAAAUGUAUAAAGAGAGAUAUAUAAAGUAUGAAUUUUCAUUUCAAAACUUUAAUUAAAAUAUUAUUUUUCCUCAGGUUAUAAUACCAUGAGAAAUGAAUACUUAUUAAUAAAAUAAUUAUUUGAUAACCAGGGCAUAUCAUUAAACUUCUUGAUGAGUUUAUCUUUCUAUCUUGAAACUUAAAAUUGUCAAAGUUAUAAUAAACACAUUGCAAUGCUUAAAAUAUUAAAAUCAAUGAGCUCCAUCCAAAGCAUGUGUAAUUUUUAAAGAUAAAUUUGA